AUGGCGACCGAUGCAUAUUUUGAUGAUAUUAAAAGUCUCAAAGCAGGACAAAUGUUAAACUGCGAAAUAAUUCAAUCGCUUGCAGAGUCUGUUCAUGAUUUAGCGUCUGUAAUUUCUCGAGUGAAAGGAAAUGAAGUAAAGAAUAACAGUAAUUUUAGUAAAAACACAGAAAAAUCUGAUGUUAAGCAGUCUGAGUAUGCAAAUUUUACUAAUACUAAAAGUUCCUUUGUCUUGGAAGAAUUGACGGAUUCGCCUAUGAACAAUAACAAUAACAAUAACAAUGAUCGCAUUUCGCCUAUGAAAGAAAACGUUCCUGAAUCUAAUGAUAACGAUAUGUCCUACAUCAAUUUAAUAUCGCUUAUGAACAAUAACAAUAACAAUGAUCGCAUUUCGCUUAUGAAAGGGAACGUUCCUGAAUCUAAUGAUAAUGAUAUGUCCCACAUUAAUUUAAAUGAGUUAAGUACUGGCGCAAGUAAAGAUGGAAGUAUUGAUGAACAAUCCAGAUCUCCAAGAACCUAUGCUCAAGUGGCAAAAUCUCAUCCCUCUGUUAACAGGAGUAAUGGCAAACCCAGUACGGAUAAUACAGACAAUAUUAUGCAAGUCCCUGCAGCUCGGAAAAUGAAUGAACGAAUUGAUGAUAGUGAUGGGUUUAUUGGGGUUAAACGAAAGCGAAAUAGAAUUAAAAAGUUCUUCUUGUCCGGGAUUGCUGAGAAUGUUAAAGAUCAGGAUAUUCUAUGCUAUUUGGAAAAGCGAAAGGUAAUACCAACUUACUUAUUUCUAUUUAAAAGUAAACGGAAAGGUUCAAUUUCUGCUAAACUUCAUGUCCAAGCAAAUGUAUGCCUCUUGAUUGAAAACGAAACCUUCUGGCCCAAGUUUGUGAAAUGCAAACCGUGGAAACUAGCAUCUACUGAUGGUAGAAACGACAGCCCCCCAGAGGGAAUCCUUUCAACGUAUGUAUAAUGGCUCAAAUUCCCAUCAGAAUGUCUCCGCGAUGGCAAAGGAUUAGGCAGAUGAAGCGUAAUCCUCAAAAUACAAUAUCUGUAAACAUUUCGCAUGCAGUUAACCCAAACAUCGUAAUGAAUAACCAAAAACAUUCAUUUAACAAAAUAAAGUUAUCUCAUCUCAACGCGCAGUCAGUUAGAAACAGAAAUCAUUUAAUUCAAGUACGAGAACUUGUCGUUGACGAGAAAAUAGAUAUCUUGGCAUUAUCAGAGACAUGGCUAAAUACGUCCACGACUAAUGCCGAGAUAAAAAUUCAGGAAUACACUUGAUCGUAAGCACAAAAAGGGUGGCGGCGUAUGUAUUUACGUCCGUAAUGACUUCAAAACAAAAGUUUUGAAAAAUCUCUCGUAUAUUUCUCCAGUAGGUUUCCAUCAACUUUGGUUACAAGUGCAAGUGAAUAAAAACAAAUCUAUGAUUGUUUGCGUUACUUAUAGACCACCUGACUGCCCGGUUACAUGUAUACGGGAUGAACUUAAACCUAAAUUCAUUGAGGCUUUGUUACUGGGAAAAGAAAUCAUUAUUUUGGGCGAUAUGAAUUGCAAUCUCCUUAAAACAUCUUGUUAUGAGUCUAAAAUAUUAUUAGAUACUUGCUCCGAACUACACCUGACCCAACUUAUUAAAGAUCCAACGAGAAUUACAUCUCAAACAAGUUCAUUACUUGACGUUAUUAUGAUUUCGUCCUCCUCUAAAGUUAAAAGUAGCGGGGUUGUUGACAUUGGUAUUAGCGAUCAUUCUAUGAUAUACUGUAUACUUAAACUUAGAGCUGAUAAGCCUCGACCUGAAUACAAGGAUGUGAGGAGUUUUAAGAACUACAACUCCCAGAGUUUCAAGGCAGAACUGUCUCAACUUCCGUUUCAUGAAACCUAUCGCAUUAGUGAUGUAAAUGCGAAAAUUGAUCAUUUCAAUCAAUUGUUCAUAAAUACUCUGAACAAACACGCGCCUAUCAAACACAUCAGAAUUAAAGGCAGACUUAAUCAGUUUAUUAAUAAAGAAUUAAAGUGCACGAUGAAACUGAGAGACAAAAAGCUGAGAAUUUUCCGCCUCUCACGUAACGCGGAAGAUUGGGACGUCUAUAGGCAACUUAGGAAUUCUAUAAAAACAUCUUUAAGAGCAGCAGAGUCCAACUUUGUCCGGAAUCAAAUUGAGGAAUAUAAAGGUAAUUCAAGAUCUAUGUGGAAAGUGAUUAGGGGGUGUCUGCCAAGCAAAGAUUCAGAAAAACCCGUUUACAAGAAAGACCACAAAAAAUUAGCCAAUGAAUUUAAUGAAUAUUUUGCUUCUGUGGGGAAGAUUGCAGCCGACAAGGUCAAGAGACUUGCGGAAGUUAACAACAUUCAGAUGACAACUGCUUUACCACCUGCAAGACACCGAUCUUCUCUUGAUCUGUUUGAAUUUAGAACAGUCACACCUGAUGAAGUUAGAACAAUUAUUUUAAAUAGUCCAUCAAACAAAGCUCCAG